GCUUUGGCUCUCUCCAUAAUUUCUCAAUCUAUUUUUUCUUCCUUGUUUGACAAAUCUUUUGUUAGACUUUUUUAUUCUUUCAAUUUGGUUUCACUUCCUUAAUCCUCGGGCUUCAACAGGACAAAAUCAACAGAGUACUCUGUAAAACUCCUCUGUUUGAAGUUUGAACUCUCUUCCUCUUACCUUAACAUUAACAUCCAAACACUUGUUGAGUUUGAGGUGUUCUUUUAACUAACUUAAUUUCCACAAAUGGGUAAGUUUUUGUUUUUGGAUUUUGGAGGCAUAUUAAAAACUGCGGCCUUUUUCUUUUUGUUGAUAAUUUAACUAAAAAUGUUGAUGUGGGUUGUUUUUCUUGUAGUGAAUUUCUUUGAAGAAAGAUCAAAGAAUAUGGGUGCUGGUCAGAAUGUGUUCAAUGAUGGAAAAGCUGUCCUCAACAUGUCAAUCACAGUAACCGUAUCAGCACAAAAACCGCCAGCGCCUCAUGGAUAUAUCUCCAUUUCAAGAAAGAAGUUGCUUCAAAACCUUGAAAUUAAUACUGGAGCAAGAGUUAAUGCAUGGGUUGAUUCCAUGAGAGCUUCUUCUCCUACUCAUAUAAAAUCCACACCUUCCCUUUCUGAUGACCAAGGUUCCUGGAAUUUACACCAUCCAUCUGCCCUGGAGAUGUUUGAGCAGAUAAUAGAAGCAUCAAAAGGGAAACAAAUAGCAAUGUUUCUUGAUUACGAUGGCACUCUUUCACCAAUUGUUGAGGAUCCUGAUCGAGCUUUCAUGUCCAAGAAGGUUGGCUAUUUGUUUAUAUGGAACUGUGUUUGGGUUGUUUCCAUCAAUAGUUUUCAGUUAGUAACUUUUCAGGUUUGUGUAAACCAGAUGAGAAAGACUGUGAGAAAGCUUGCCAAGUGUUUCCCCACUGCUAUAGUGAGUGGCAGAUGCAGAGACAAGGUGUAUAAAUUUGUCAAAUUGGCUGAGCUGUACUACGCUGGUAGUCAUGGCAUGGACAUUAAAGGGCCAGAGAAACGUUCCAAAUCUACCAAAGAUAAUGAAUCUGUUCUCUUCCAACCAGCUAGUGAAUUUCUUCCCAUGAUUGAUGAGGUUUACAAACAAUUGGUUGAGACUACCAAAUCAACUCCAGGAGCUAAGGUGGAGAAUAACAAGUUUUGUCUUUCUGUACACUUUCGUUGUGUUGAUGAAAAGAAAUGGAGUGAACUGGCACAGCAGGUUAGGUCAGUUUUAAAGGAGUACCCCAAGCUCCGGCUAACCCAAGGCAGAAAGGUUUUAGAAAUCCGUCCUACAAUUAAAUGGGACAAAGGGAAAGCCCUUGAAUUUUUGUUAGAAUCUCUUGGAUUUGCUAACUGUACCGAUGUUUUUCCCGUGUACAUUGGGGAUGACCGCACCGAUGAAGAUGCAUUUAAGAUAUUGAGAGACAGAGGACAGGGUUUUGGUAUUCUUGUGUCCAAAUUUCCCAAGGAGACCAGUGCAUCAUAUUCUUUACAAGAACCAGAUGAAGUCAUGGAUUUUUUACGGCGUCUAGUUGAAUGGAAACAAUUAUCCGUGCAAGCUCGAGCUCAAUCCAGAAUGUAAUGAUAAGAAGAUAUGGAAAAAUAUUUGUCCACCCUUGCAAGAAAUGUAGAAAGGUGGAACUAGAUUAUGUAGUAAAUUCUUGUUCAAGAUAAGGAAAGAUGAACAAGAAGAGAAAAAUGAUUAAUACAUAAUCCUGUCUUUUGGCUUGAAGGCCUUGUAAAUCUUGUAACUAGCUGGGUACAAGAUAAAGAUUUGUAGCUUGACAACCUUGUCUAUUAAUGCAUAGAAAGUUUCUCUCUUUCUGUC